AUGCCUCCUUGCGGAGAAGGGUUGGACCUGUCCUCUAACCAGAUAGAUACCAUUCAACCUGGGUCAUUUUCUAAUCUAUCACGACUUAAAUGGUUGCAUCUGUCCUCGAACCAGAUAACUUGCAUUAAUCCUGGGUCAUUCUCAAAUCUACCAAACCUUCUUUCCUUGGACCUGGCCUGCAACAAGAUAAACAACAUUCAACCUGGCUCCAAUCACCUGAGCAACAUUCAGACCGGUGUGUUUUCAAACCUUCCCAAACUCAAGAAGCUGCUUCUGAAUAAAAAUCAACUUAAGCGAAGUAGUGCCUGUGGAUUCCGUAAGUGA